UCGGCACAGUCUGUUCACGCGCCUGUUAAAGAAGCGCAGAGACAGUGUGUGAUGUAAAAAAAAUGCAUAAACAUUCAUGAUAUAGGUGUCCUUCUUUCAAUUGCGAACAUGUCUUGAAUAAUGUUGUUAAGCGAUUCGAUUUAAUAACUUUACGGGAACGGCUUUGGUCGGGUGGCAUGCGUAGUUGGAGGUGGUACCUCUCCAGGGUCAUGCGUCUCUUCUUACGCUGGUUUAAGCUGUGCCCACAAAAAGGACGCAGAAAGCGGCAAAGCAGAAUGCGAGACUUGUGGAACUAUGGGAAAAUUCUACUCAAGUCCCUGUACUAUAACAUCCUGACAAAUUCUGAUACGGCGCUCGACUGUGCCUUUGAGCCCAUCUACUGGCUUGUGGAUAACCUGACCCGUUGGUUUGGAGUGGUGUUUGUUUCUUUGGUGAUUUCCUUGACCAGCUCCGUUGUGAUUAUUGUCUAUCUCUGCGUGCUUCCCGUCAUCUUGAGCACAUACGCCACACACUGGAUACUCUGGCACCUCUGUUACGGGCACUGGAACCUCAUUAUGUUGGUCUUUCAUUAUUACAAAGCCACAACAACGCAUCCGGGUGCACCUCUGCAGGAAAGGAACGAUAUUCCAGCUGUCACUAUCUGUAAAAAAUGUAUAAUUCCCAAGCCAGCUAGAACACAUCAUUGCAGCAUCUGCAACAGAUGUAUUUUAAAAAUGGAUCACCACUGUCCUUGGUUGAAUAAUUGUGUGGGUCAUUUCAAUCACCGAUACUUCUUCAGUUUCUGCCUGUACAUGACCAUGGGCUGCAUCUACUGCAGUGUCAGUACCAAAGACAUGUUUCUAGAUGCAUACAAUGCCAUUGAGAACUAUAAUCAGACACCUGCGUACACGGAUCAGGAGGGCAUGGUUUAUAAGAGCCUCAUUUAUCUGUGGGCGCUGACAAGUUCGGUGGCUUUUGCUCUGGGAGGCUUGACAUUGUGGCAUGCAGUGCUGAUCACCAGAGGAGAGACCAGUGUGGAGAGACAUAUCAACCGUAAAGAGAGAAAACGACUCAGACUGAAAGGCAAAUUGUUUCGUAAUCCAUACCACCAUGGAAAAAUUAACAAUUGGAAAAUGUUUUUUGCAAUCGAAAAGCCAAGUCACUGGCUAACACGAGUGCUGCUGCCCUCCACUCAUCUUCCUCAUGGGGACGGACUGAUAUGGGACCCUCCUCCAUACAAAAACCACACCAUGGCUAUAUGAUUUCAUGGACAUAAAACCUAUUUCCUCACCAGCCAUGGAUCUGUUGGAUCAAUGGAUCUUGUUUAUUUGCAUUCCCACCAUGAACAUUUAUGACUGAGGGGCCUCUUGGUUAAAUGGACUACUGAUGGCAUUUUUUAUGAUUGUGUAAUGUAAACUGAAAUGUGUGCAUGAGGUAUUUUUCAGUCCAUAGUGGUACUUUGUGCCAAAGACUGUUGUGGAUUUUAGUGACAAACACUAUUUAUAUUCAUAUUUCAAGGUUUCAUUUCAAUGAUCACACUGGUUAUUUGAAAUCUUUGAAUUGUGCUCUUUAUAAAACUGUUUUUAAAGUAUUUUAAUGUCUGUACACAGACGGUCCAUGCAUUUGGAGAUGUUUUUUGGUUAACACAUUUAACAAGAUUCAAUUCAAGUUUAUUUGUAUAUCACUUUUUAAAGUGUGCACUGUUCCAAAGCAGCUUUACAAAUGGCACAAUGUAGAAUAUACAUAAAACACAGACAAACAACAAAUUCAGAAUACAUUUUGAGUUCAGAGCUGACGUUGUUUGAUUCCAGUGUCAUCUGACAUCUUUGUGGGAAGCUGGAUAAAGACUGAAACUGGCUUGAUUUUUACCCUUUAGCUGUUACCACCCCAUUUGGGGGUGAACAGGUGAUGCACACUUUCAAUUUAAUUAUGUGAAACAAUAUUGUGCACAUCUGUAGUUAGGUUAUGGUAUUAAAGUAUUUCUGCAGUGUUAUAGAGAUUUGUUUGCUGCACAUGUGCAAACAGAGGCACUAGUGAAAAUGCUUCUAUUCUGCAUCCUCAUCAAUUAUGUGUGACCCUGGACAACAAACCCAGUCAUAAGGGACAAUUUUUAAAAAUUAUGAUUUAUGCAUCAUCUUAAAGUUUAAUGCAUUACAUAAGCUGUCCGUUGAUAUGGUUUGUUAGUAUAUAAUAAUACAGUAUUUGGCAGAGAUAAAACUAUUUGAAAAUCUGGAAUCUGAGAGUGCAAAAAUCAAAUAUUGAUAAAGUCACCUUUAAAGUUGUCCAAAAGAAGUCCUUAACACUGCAUCCACUCACAAAAAUUAAAGUUUUUAAAUAUUUAUGGUAGGAAAUGUACAAAAUAUCUUAAUGGAAGAUGAUUUUUACUUAAUAUCCUAAUGAUUUUUGGCAUAAAAUCAAAAUUUAUAAUUUUGACUCAAUGUUACAAUGUAAACAAAUUACAUCCAUUUAAAGGGUCAAAUUUUUAAAAUUGAGAUUUAUGCAUCAUCUGAAGGUUAAAUCAAUGUAUAAGCUAUUGCUACAAAUAUUCUUGUUACUUAUGACUGGUUUUGUAGUCCAGGGUCACAAAUUAUUUUAACAAUUGAAGAGAAUUUAAAUAUCUCAGAUCAG